GGCCGGUCUGCGGGGGGCCCGCCUUCUCCCUGGGGACCCGAUGGCCUCGGAAGACCUGGCAGGGACACUGGCGGCCGUUCUGGGGGGCCGGGGGCUGCGCGUGCAGAGCUAUGACUCGCGGCCGGCCGGGGAGACGCCGGCGCAGGUGCGGCUGCGGAAGAACGUCUGCUACGUGGUGCUGGCCGUGUUCCUCAACGAGCAGGAUGAGGUGCUACUGAUCCAGGAGGCCAAGAAGGAGUGCCGUGGGUCGUGGUACCUUCCCGCGGGGAGGAUGGAACCCAGGGAGACCAUUGUGGAGGCGCUGCAGCGGGAGGUGAAGGAGGAGGCUGGGCUGCAGUGUGAGCCUUUGACGUUGCUAUCUGUGGAGGAGCGGGGCCCCUCCUGGAUCCGCUUUGUGUUCCUCGCUCGCCCCACAGGUGGAAUUCUCAAGACUCCCAAGGAGGCAGAUGCGGAGUCCCUGCAGGCUGGCUGGUACCCACGAACCUCGCUGCCCACCCCGCUGCGAGCCCACGACAUUCUGCAUCUGAUAGAGCUAGCCGCCCAGUAUCGCCAGCAAGCCAGGCACCCUCUCCUUCUGCCCCAAGAGCUUCCCUGCAGUCUGGUCUGCCAGCGGCUCGUAGCCACCUUUACCAGUGUCCAGACAGUGUGGGUGUUGGUGGGCACAGUGGGGAUGCCUCACUUGCCCAUCACCGCCUGUGGCUUUGCUCCCAUAGAGCAGAGGGGUGGCAUCAAGAUGGCCGUCCUGCGUCUGCUACAGGAGUGUCUGACCCUGCACCACUUGGCAGUGGAGACCAAGGGGUUGCUUGGACUGCAGCACCUAGGCAAAGACCAAACCGAUGGCAUCUGCCUGAAUGUGCUGGUGACGGUGGCUUUUCGGAAUCCAGGUAUCCAAAAUGAGCCCCCGAAGGUUCGGGGUGAGAACUUCUUUUGGUGGAAGGUGGUGGAGGAAGACCUACAAAGCCAGCUCUUACAGAGGCUUCAGGAAUCAUCUGUUGUCCCAAUCAACCGAUAGGAGGCUGCCGUCAGUGGGCCAGGAGCUGGGUUCCC